AGGGAGUCGGCCAUCUUGGGUUCGCCCGGACUGUGAGCGAGCGAGCGGGGGAGGGACUGGCUGGUUGCGGAAGUGGCCGCGUUCGCUCGCCCGUAGUGGAGAGAGAGGCGAGAAGGAGAGUCCAGGGGCACCCACCUUUCCCCGGCCAGCACCGUCUCUAGCGAGGAGGAUGGCAGGGCGGCUGCCGGCGUGCGUGGUGGACUGCGGCACGGGGUAUACAAAAUUGGGAUAUGCUGGAAAUACAGAACCACAGUUCAUCAUUCCUUCAUGUAUUGCAAUCAAGGAAUCGGCAAAAGUUGUUGAUCAAGCACAAAGAAGAGUUACGAAAGGUGUGGAUGAUUUAGACUUCUUUAUUGGGGAUGAAGCAAUAGAAAAACCAACUUAUGCAACAAAGUGGCCUAUCCGCCAUGGUAUAGUUGAAGACUGGGACUUGAUGGAGAGGUUUAUGGAGCAAGUUAUCUUUAAAUAUCUAAGAGCAGAACCGGAAGAUCAUUACUUUCUUUUAACUGAACCUCCACUAAAUACUCCGGAAAAUAGGGAAUAUACUGCUGAGAUAAUGUUUGAGUCCUUCAACGUUCCAGGACUGUACAUUGCUGUUCAGGCUGUCCUUGCCUUAGCUGCAUCUUGGACAUCGAGACAGGUUGGAGAACGGACAUUGACUGGCACAGUUAUAGACAGUGGAGAUGGUGUUACUCAUGUUAUUCCUGUGGCUGAAGGCUAUGUGAUUGGCAGCUGUAUCAAACAUAUUCCAAUUGCAGGACGAGAUAUAACAUACUUCAUUCAGCAACUGCUGAGAGAGCGAGAAGUAGGAAUUCCUCCUGAGCAAUCCUUGGAAACUGCUAAAGCAGUGAAGGAACGCUUUAGUUAUGUCUGCCCUGAUUUAGUAAAAGAAUUUAACAAGUAUGACAUAGAUGGUACAAAAUGGAUUAAACAAUAUACCGGAAUCAAUGCAAUUUCAAAGAGAGAAUUCACCAUUGAUGUUGGCUAUGAGAGAUUCCUGGGGCCAGAGAUCUUCUUUCAUCCUGAGUUUGCUAAUCCUGACUUCACACAACCCAUUUCAGAAGUAGUAGAUGAAGUUAUUCAGAAUUGUCCUAUUGAUGUUAGACGUCCUCUGUAUAAGAAUAUUGUCCUAUCUGGAGGUUCGACCAUGUUCAGGGACUUUGGUCGCCGUUUACAACGAGAUUUGAAAAGAACUGUUGAUGCCCGGCUGAAACUCAGUGAGGAGCUGAGUGGUGGCAGACUGAAGCCCAAACCUAUUGAUGUACAAGUCAUUACGCAUCAUAUGCAAAGAUAUGCAGUUUGGUUUGGAGGAUCAAUGCUGGCUUCCACACCUGAGUUCUAUCAAGUAUGCCACACCAAAAAAGAUUAUGAAGAGAUUGGUCCUAGCAUCUGUCGUCACAACCCAGUGUUUGGAGUCAUGUCUUAAAACUGACCCGAGAGGGGUCAGGGCUAGGGAAUGGGGGAAGAGGAGGGUCUUUCUGAUUACUUGUUUGUCUGGAUGGCGGGUAUUAAGAUAACAAACAUGACUUGACAAUAAGAAAAAGACCAAACACAAUUAAACAGGAAUAUUUUAAUAAGUGUCUCAACAUGCGGAUAUAGUGGAAAGCCAAAAUAAUUAAGUGUUUUUCUUUAGAUUGAAUAUUUGAACCUGUGUGUAACAAAACAAAGAAGUGGGUUUUAGUUCUUUCUGUGCCCUGAUAUUUUGUAUAUUGAUGAAUUAUCCAAGAUUUGAUGGGAUUUGACGGUGUGUAGAUAGAUAAUCAGCUCUCUAAUGCUUCAAUUGUACUCUUACAUGUGUACAAUGCAAGAACUUGUUUAUAUUUCAUACUUUUUUAUACUUUGAGGAUAAAUAUCAAUUAAAGAAAAACUGUAAUAUUUGAGGAAAAAAUACCAGUGACCAACUUAAGGGUAAAUUAAAAAAUAUAUAUAUUGGGCACAUGAAGCUUACUCAUGUGACUCUAGUUAUUGCAAAUUAUGACCAAUCUGAAUCCUCGGUUCCAACUUUGGAAGUGCUUUUGGAACAAAGAAGCUAGUAUCUUGGGUUAACCGAUGCCUGCUAGUGCUUUCUGAUUACUCGGUGCAUUUUCAUUCUAUUUCUUGCUUAAAAAAACAAAAGUAAAGACAAGACUGUUGGACCAGUAUUGCAGUUCCGUAGUGUCAUUUCUAAUUAAAAAACAAAUAAUCCCGUUAUCGAAAGUGGUGUAUUUUAAAGCCUAACACCAUUCCAAUAAAGGCACAACAUUUCUUUUUA